GGGGUGCCGAUCAAACACAACAAACAACAGGGGGAGAAACGGAGGAGAGCCUUUAAAUUACUUUAUGAAAUUUCUUUGGGAUUAUGCGGUGAGAUGUGAAAUAACAAGACGGGAAAUUAAGUGAAAAAUUAAGGCCAAUUUGUGCUGUACAUACGUAUGUUUCGUUCUUCGCGGAUUAAUGGGUUUCUCAUAAACAACCCCUCGAGAGGUGCGAUAUCCAAAAUGAAAAAACCUUGUAGAGGAAUGGUUGAACAUACAGGCUAUAUGGGCACAUCCAGAGUUGUUCUAAACCAUUUUGAUGUCUCGACACAGGCUGAUAUUCAGCACGUGGCAUUAACCUAUGAGUCUGAGGAUGAAAUUAUGGGAAGGCUGCACAGUAAAAAGGGCAAAGGGACGCCACAUUAUAGCAAACAGGACAUAAGAGAACAAUACUGUAUAUCUGAAAGAGGCUUGGGCGCGUUGGAAAACGAACGACAAAACAGCCUGUUCGGAUGCCUUUCCUCCCACAACGGUUCGCCAUGUUCGAACAGGACCUCGUUUCUCACUGCCUGCGUGCGACAAAAAGCGCCAUCUGACGAAAAUUUAUACGAACUAUACAAACGGCAUCCGUCGGAAUACGCGCCUUACCCCAGAAAAUCAAGAUAUCCCUUGCCGCCCCCACGACCAGAAAUGCUAGCCUACGACCACGAACUGAAAAGCUCGUAUUUCCGAAGAAAAGUCCAGCCAGACCCGAGCAGAUACACUUGGAUGAGUUCGGAUGACGAAAGCGUUAGAAUGGAAAAGCCCACCUCCAUUUCGGAGCAGUACAACAACAACACUGUCACACCACCAUCAACAUUGCCAGGGAAAAAACAUGUCAGUUUCGCCAGAUCACACACUCUUACAUCUUUUGAUGACGCCAUAUCAUAUUUAUCAUCAUCGUCAACUACCUUAAACAGAAUGACAAGAAGUCAGGAAAGACUUUUGGAAGUUGGUACUUUACCCAUAACAAAACAACCUGAACCAUCGGAAAAUAUCAUUAUGUUAGACAAAAUAAAGCGUGCUCCAAUGAAAACCCAAGCAACUCAAACGGAAGCGGCUCUGGGAAGAAAACCACUGCCUCCGAGCAACAUCAAUCUAAGUCCAAGAACUAUGCAUAGAGUGAAGAUGGUGUCUCAAGGCGCACAAACAAACGGUCUCAUUUUAAAUGGCAGAAAAUUGAUGAAGUCCUACUCAGAAGCUGGAAGCAAGUUCGGAUUGCCACCUCUGCACGAUUUCACGCAGUAUGAAACAAUAUUGGAUCAUGAACCUUUAGCCCGCACCCAGUCAGACGAGCCCCCGAGGAGCCCAUUUAUAGUAACAACCCCACCGCCGGUUCAUAUUCCUAAUAUACCUAUCAUUCCAGAAGUGAUACCGCAAAGUGACACCUCCUCGCUGUCCAGAUCUGAGGAUCAUGAAUCCGAGGAUUCGGCGGAAUCGAAGAAAGAGAUCUUCAUCGAUUUCAAACCUCAAGUACCAGCUACACAGGUCGUGAAAAGGACCUUGACGAAAACCAAAAGCGAUGGGGAAAUUUUGAUGGAGCAACGGAAAACUUCGAAAGUGGAAGAUUCGGUUGUUCCCGAUAAAACUGUAAUGUCUUUCAGCCACGAAAAUAUAGUUGUUGCGGAAGAGGAACCACCGAAGAAGUUCACGCCUUAUUUCCAGAAAUCUCCUAUUCGAUAUGAAGGUAUCUGCAAACCGCUAGACGAGAACGUGUACUCCUCUCUAGACCGCACCAUCUACGGCCAGGACUCAAUUGACGAGGAGUUUCACGAGAAUCUUAUCUACAACCCCAUGCUAUAUAGGCAGGACUCGCAGGAAUGCGGUAGCACUGCGGGGGUCGCCAUAGUUUUGGACGGGCACUCGCCUACCGAUGAAGGUGUCGUACCCAAUUUUCUUAUGCCUGACCGAAGACUGAGCCCGUUUGCUUCGAACGACUCGUUAGCCAACGAUUUAAGGGACCAAUCCGAUGGUAUUUGGAACGAAUCGCAAGCCACUGUUCUGCAAGUCGACUCCGGAACCGAUAACGGUACCGCUUUAAGCAGUUCAGAGAUGACAUCGGUUGCUUCGCCAUCUUCAACGAAUCUACUUACACCUUCUUCGAGAAGAAAACAUCUUCUGAUGCUCCAACAUCAACAAAGAUCAUCCAUGGACACUGAAGCACUUGAGGAAGAAUUUGUAGAACAGCCUGAAUCUUAUCCACGCAUAGUAGUGGACAAACCAACUCCAAAGCAGCUAGAGCUUCCAUCCACCUCGAAAAAUUAUUUAACACCAAGAUCAGUUUCGCCAAUGUGGAGGCGAAAACCUUCCGAACCGUUGGCUGAGUCACCAUUACCCGCCAUAGUACCGGAUUUGUUGUUGUCUAGAACUGACUCCGGUAAAACCAACACGGACGUUUCGGAGAGUACUACCACCGAUGAUUAUAUAACUGCUAAUAGUACUGAUAGCUCGAGGAAAAGUACCAGUGUAAUGGGUGUGGACAUUUACAAUCUGAACGCAACUCAAAUAAAUGAAGGAAGUUUUGAUAGUACCAAAGGUUUGGACGUUUUGGGGGAUGAUAUGGUGGUACCAUCUUUUUCACCGCCGUAUUCACCAGCAAGAAGUAUAGACGACUUACGAGGGUCGCCAAGAUCCUCAAGAAGCAGAAGCAUCACCAACACACCUGUACCACAUAUAAGAACUGGAAGAUCGACUCCGUCCGAUGACAACAGUAGCUCAUCUUGCGGCUCCUACAGCGUCGGUUCGACUCCCGACCUGCUUGGCCGACGCUCGCCUUCACCGCAUCACAAGUCACCAAAAUCCCCUUCAGUGCCUUCACAAACCAAACACCAACACAAGAAACAACAGAAAACACCGCCGACGGUGUCAGACGAGGAGAAAAGCGUCCACUAUUCUUCUUCGGGAUACUAUGAGAGUCCAAUGGAAGAAGAUCUUACCUGGAAAUCGCCAAAGCACGACGAAGCCACGUGUCAAAAACGUCGCCCAUACACCCUCGAAAUCGGUUACAAACCGCCGGAACAAGCGUAUGUUUCCCCGACAAAAUACAAAACCAUAAGAAGGGAGUCCAAAACAUCACCACGAGUGUCACCAGCAUCGGAAUCUUUAAGAGUGACACCGGAGGUGAAGUCAAAACGUGGAAAAGCUCGGACACGAAGCCCAAUGCAGGUUCACAAGAAGAAAAUAGAGGAACGCUACAGAGAAGAAAGCAAAGCAACUUCCGACGAAUCGAGUUGCGAUUUAGGUAUGAAGAAGUACCAAGCCAACCACCAAUUAUCGCCGAGAAAAUCAAAGAAGAACAAGGAGAACAAUCGGAGAAAAUCACUACCAAGAAGUCCAACAAGUCAGAGAUCGGUUAAACGAAAUGGUGCAGAUGAAAAAUCAACCAGCUUACCCAAUAGUUUAUCGAGGAGAAAAAGCGGCAAACAAGGCAAAUCCUUGCAGCCACAAGAUGCUAUAGUUAUAGAUCAUUUUAGUCCUACUUCUGGCUCUCCCAUCAGGAAGCGACAAAGUCCUCAGCAAAAAAGUCCAGAGUGCACCAAUAAAUUAAAAGCUCUAAGUGCUGAAUCGCUCAGAUCAGUUUCCCCUGGAAGCGAUAGCGUUUUUUAUAGCGAUCCAAGUAGUCAUACUGCUGACCACCAGGUGCACUGCCUGCACUGUGGGAAGGAAGUUGAUAUAGUUACAACCGAAGAUCCAGACAAAAGCCUAAGCAUGAGCAGCAACGGUAUACAGCAGGACAUCGUGGAACCGCCAGCAGGAUUCGAGGACUCGCCCAGGAUAAAACCUCAGGGAAGAUUAUACAAGAAAUUGGAAAGAAGGAUCCGGUCCGAAGAUCGAAACCUAGCGGAAGCAAGAAGGCACAGCAGAUACAAGCCCGAUGUCAGAGCAAAGUCUGAAGAACGCGGUGCUAAGACCUACAGAUCGAAAUUGCGACCGAUGGCGAAGUCGACAGAUAACAGCCAGGAGGUUCUGAAAGCGACCGAUUCUAGCCCGAGCGUUUUGCCGGGGGCACCCGAAGACGAGGACGACCAUGGCGUCUACGAUGUUCCCUACAACGACGGCUAUUGGAUCAUAAUCGACGAAUCAGAGGAGGUUAAUGCUUGGAACAGGUCCAUUGCGUCACCAGAACCAAUGGAAAAAAGAGGCUCUAUAACCAGCACAGAAUCAGAACAAGAAUUCGAGAAGAGAUAUCAAGCCAUUACCCAUAGAAUGGUACAUAGGAAAUCCUGCUUGGAAAUGUAUAAGAGACAGACAACUAAAUCAUUUGAAUGCGACAAGACAGUGGUGGUACGUCGGGAGUCCGGCGAGUUCGGCUUCCGGAUCCACGGAUCGAAACCCGUGGUGGUUUCCGCCAUCGAACCCGGAACUCCGGCGGAAACGUCCGGUUUGGAGGUGGGCGACAUCGUGUUGGCCGUGAACGGGGUCAGCGUGCUGGAUAAGAGUCAUUCCGAGGUCGUCAAGAUUGCGCACGCUGGAAGCGAUACACUUCAAUUGGAGGUUGCCAGAACUUGCUACGCCUUGAACGCUCCUGCUGACGACCAUUCCUCUUCCUCCAUGUACAGCGGGUACCUAUGGAAACUGAGCGGUUAUGCUAGCGGGAACAUGACAAACAAAUGGAUAAGACGAUGGUUUUGCCUCAAGCAGAACAACUGCCUUUACUACUAUAAGACUGAUUCAGAAAAGCAACCGGUGGGUGUGGUGAUGCUAUUUGAUCACGAAGUGGAAAAGUUGAAAGACGACGACGGUACUUUAUGUAAACCUUUUAGAUUUGUUAUACAAAGGCCUGACUCAGUUCCACUCCAUCUGGCAGCUGACACGAACAACGCCAAAAAUAGAUGGGUAGAUAUAAUUACGCGAGCCAUAACGGAUAGCCAAAUAGUGGACGAGUUUUUGGAAGAAACUAAGAAAAAUUUGACUUUAUCGCCCAGUGCAGUGCUUAAUCCCGAUUGUUUUGGUUAUUUGGUCAAAUUGGGCACCCAAUGGAAAUCGUGGAGUCGACGGUACUGCGUUCUGAAAGACGCAUGCCUCUACUUUUACCAGGAUGCCAAUGCCAAAAGUGCUUUUGGUGUAGCCUAUUUACAUGGCUACAGGGUUCAGCAAUCCAUAUCCGGUAACAAAAAACACGCAUUCGAAAUUCUGCCCCCCGAUCCAGACAAAAAACAUUAUUAUUUCCAUACUGAAUCAGACGCUGAUAGAAAAAGAUGGAUAGCAGCAUUGGAAUACUCGAUAGAUAGAUGGUUCAAAAUUCAUUAAAAAGUAACAUAUUCGCCAAAACCAAAAAAACAUUUUAUAAAAUUUAUUAAAUACUUUUAAGUUUAAUAACUGUUUACAAAUAUCACUAAAUGUAUAGUAAAAUAUAUGCAUGUUUUUAUUAAGUAUAUUGUAUAUUUAUUGUUAUAUUUGCUCAAUAAUUUAUUAUAUUGAAAAAAGAAAAAAGUAUAUUACUAUGUGUACAUUUCGUUUAUUAAUUUUUAUGAAAUUCGAAACAAAGAAAACAAAAAUGAUGUGCACUGCCAAAUAUAUAUGUUGUUUAAUA